AUGUCAAUAAGACAGCCUAAACCACUUCAGAUACGUCUACCCUUCUCAGUACCGAAACCUGACAAAUCGACCAAUACCGAUAAAAAGAUAUGCGGAAUAUGUCGAAAGAAAGAAAGUAAAUACGUUUGUCCGAGAUGCAAUAUCCUGUACUGCUCUUUAGAUUGCUUCAGGGAUGAGUCCCACUCACAAUGCUCUGAACCAUUCUACAAAUCCACUGUCCUCUCGUCUAUAGCUUCCGACCCCAAAGCCGGUUUGGAAGAGAAGAAAUCUAUGGUAGAGAUGCUGAGACGGUUCGAGGAGUCACAAGCAGAAGGUGCAGAAGGCCCUGAAGAUUUCUUGAAGGAGCUGGAGGAGCUAGAAAAGGAGGAAGAGGAAUAUGACGAGUUGUUAGAGAAGCUGGAUGGAGUUGAUCUAGAUUCAAUCGAUUCAAAUCAACUCUUCCACCUCUUACCUCAACAACAUCGAGAUGCCUUCCUGUCAGCCCUCAAGAACCCCGAUUCGGAAGAGGCGAAGGAACUGCUCGAGGAAGCUACCAAAGACGAGGACGAGGAUCGGGAUGUGCCAGAUGCCUUACCUUGGUGGGAAGGAGAGCAGCUGCAAGAGAACGAAGAAGCAGAUGAUGAUGAGGCAGAGGAGAAGACUAGGAUACGGGCUGCUCCUGCACCUGGUCUGAUACCUGACGAAAUCAUAGAUGCCAUCUCACCACCUGAAGGUGUAGGGCAGAAAUUAACGUAUAACGCCGUUGCCAUAUGCAUCGCCUACCUACACACUAUACUAUCCUUCCGACUGCCCUCCCUCUCUUCCGACUAUCUCCGACGAGCCAAUGUCACACCCCAAGAGGUUAAGGGGUAUGUCGGUAAACUGGUUCCAUUCCUGAUCGAUCCAAAAUCAACAGUGAGAUAUGGAAAUCCAAGUUCAGCAUGGGGCAAUGUGUGGGAUAAUAUAGUUGAGGAUCUGCCAACAUCACAUUCCAACAUUCCAACACUACAACAUCUCCUUUCCCUCAUACUUCCCCUGAUCCACCCACCGAUCGUCCAACCUUCCCUUCCCAAGAUAUUUUAUGUCCUCAGCGAUCUAUACCAAUUGUACAGUAUUCCAAAACCUGGUGGAGCAGUUCCCAGGAAGUUAGCAUUCUACUACAAAGCUUUACUGUCACUCAACAGAUCAGAUUGGCUGGGUAUCGAAAAGCAGUUGGGGAAGGAGUUGGAAAAGCUCAAGAUUGAAAACGAAGAUGGUAAUCCUGAUGUACAAGAAGAAAGAAAGGAAUUGAGCGUGUUGUAA